CUCUACUGCGGCCAUACCUUCUGCCAAGCCUGCCUGAAACGCCUGGACGCCGUCGCCAACGAGCAGCGCUGGAUCCCCUGCCCGCAGUGCCGCCAAAAUACCCCCACGCCGCGCGGCGGUGUCGCCAUGCUGGACCUUGACCUGGCCACCUUCCUCGCCGUCAAGGCUGACAAGAAGCAUCCCCGGGUGGCCAGCAGGUCCCAGCUGGACUCGGCCACCAAGAGUUCGAGCAAAGAGAAGUCAGCUAUGGGAGUCCUGGGUCCUUAG